AUGGCUGGACCAGUUAUACAACCUCUAUCCCCAGAGGUCAGAUCCUACUUGAGGACAGGUGUGGCCCUCUGUAGUAUCACUCAGUGUAUGGAAGAGCUUGUGCUCAACUCUGUUGAUGCUGGUGCCACUUGUAUAGCUGUUCGCAUUGAUUUAUCCUGCUUUAAAAUCCAAGUGGUUGACAAUGGCACUGGAAUGACUCAAAGUCAGCUGGAACUUAUUGGCCAAAGGUAUCACACCAGUAAAUGUCACACCAUGGAGGACCUUGAUCAGCUCUGUCACUAUGGAUACCGUGGAGAGGCUAUUGCCAGUCUGAAAGAUGCAUGCUCGAUACUUGAGAUUACAUCUCGUACAAAAUAUUCAACACCAACAUUUAGUAAAAUUUUCAACAAAGGAGUAUCAAUGAAGGUGGUGCAGUCAAGUGUGCAGAGACCAAGUGCUGGUACAACAGUCACUGCGCAUGAUUUAUUUUAUAAUAUGCCAGUUCGAAAAAAGGCCAUGAAUCCAGUAUUGGAGUUUGAGAGAGUGAAGAAAAGGCUGGAGGGUAUAGCAUUAAUGAGGCCAGUAAUUUCAUUUUCCCUAAGAAAUGAUAUCACAGGCCAUGUUGUGCUUCAGACUCAUAAAACUAAUGGUGUGUUGAAUGUAUUCACCUCUCUUUUUGGUAUAGGGAGAUCAAAAACACUGUCACCUGUUGAGGGUCACAGUGGCUGUUUUAGUGUGGACGGAUAUAUAGGAAAAGAAGGCUUUUCAAAGAAAGACUUGCAGUUUGUAUACAUAAAUAAACGUUUAGUAUUGAAGACAAAAAUUCACAAAGUCAUCAAUUUCUUACUAGGGAAAUCACUGAUUCUGAGGAAGAAGGGUGCAAUUGAUAAACAAGGAGAAAGUAAACAGCAAGAAAGUAUUUCAUCUUUAACUUCAAGUCCUACAAAGUAUUCAGAAAAGUUUGGAGUUUUUGUGGUGAAUGUGACAUGUCCAUAUACUGAAUAUGAUGUGACGUUUGACCCUGCCAAAACCUUAGUAGAAUUUAAGGACUGGGACUUACUCUGUACUUGCAUUGAGGGUGCAGUGUCUGAAUUCCUGAAAAGAGAAUGUCUUUUAUUGGGAAUCCAAGAAAUGAUGGCAGAGGAAAGAUUAACUUCAGGUGAGAAGUCUGGUGACACUAUAGAGACCUCCACUAAUGAAGGCCCUUUUUCUACAUCUGAGAAUUCUUCUGUAUGUGAAGAACAGAUAAGUACAAGUAAUAACAGAAACUUUCUGACUUCAAAGCUAGUCAAGCGGCAAGUGAAACAUGUCUGUGAUCAAACAAAAGAAGUCGAUCAUGAAGAUUCAGAAAGGUUAGAUACCAUGGAAACCAAAGAGAAUGUCACAUACACAGAAACUGUAGAAAAUAACUGUGACGGUAAAUUUACUCAAAACAAAGAAAGUGUGAGGAGUUCUGAGUGCAGGAUUGAUCAGAGAGUAAGUAACACAUCUGAGACUGUGAGCAGCUCUGGUCAUGCAUCUGAAGAUGUGGGAGACCACUCCAUCCUUUCCUCUACAGACAGCUUAAGGUCCAUGUUCAGAGGCAGAAAAAAGUGCUCUGAUAUAGAGUGUUCUGAUAGUGAUGACAAAGAGAGUGAAGUAACUGACAAAUUUGAUGAAGAUGGAGAUUAUGAAAGUGAAGAACCUGUUCCUAUAUUUGAUCGCAACUUUAAGGACAAAGGGAAAGAGCUCACAGAUUUAGACAAUGAACCAAGAAGUAUAAUUAGGCUGGAAACACCUUAUUUAGGUUGUAAUGGAGGUUCUACACUUUCCCUCAUCCGUAAACAACACAAAUCUAAUGAAGAAGGUAUGAGUGGUGAGCUGUCAAGUUCUCACAAGAUUCACUGUAAGUCUUUGAAGAAACGAUUGCAGUGUGAUAAAACAUCUGACAUUAAUUAUACAAUAAAACAGCAUAAUCAAAUGGAUCCCCAAGCUAAAACUUCAGAAUUAUUAAUAAAUGACAUUUAUGAUUUAAGGCAAACUAAGGAAGUUGUCACACAGAGAGAACAGAGAAAACAAAAUAAUUGUAGACCCAAUGCAGCAGUCCCAAACAAAAAUGGAGGAAGUGACAUAGGGCAUGGAGGAUCUUCAUCACACGGAGAUGCAAAUACAUUCACAUCCAGUCUGCCUCAAAAACGGAUCUCAACAUCGGGAGAGGCUUCUGUUGCAGCAAAGUUGGCUCGGAUGACUAGAAUUAGGUUGCAACAGCAAAAAUCAAGAGCUUUAGGUAGUGAGCUAGGAGACCAGUGUUCCACAUCCUCAUCUUACCAUUUACGAGAUGUUGUAACAAAAACAUCUAGAGAUAGAGUUGUUUUCUCUUCAGAAGGUCGCCAGGAGAUGGUUGCUUCAAAAAUUAGUCAGUCAGGAAAUCAAUACAACUCGUUUGAGAAUUCAUGUUCAGACAUUCUCCUUAACAGGGUUCCAAAAAGAAAAAGCAUAGAGACAACAGAUAGUUUUUCCAAACUUAAAUCAUCAGAUUCUACAAGAAAUAUGAUUGAUUUACCAGCUGCUCCUAAGAAAUUUCUGACAACUGCCUCUUUUGUGCAGACAUAUGAUGAUGUUAUUCAGAAUUGUAAAGUCUCCAGAAGCUUAUCCCAUCAAUAUUCCAGUGAUCAUAAUGCUUGUGGAAGUGAUACAUUUACAAUGGAAUUGUCUAAUCCUAAGUUAAAAACAACCACAACAAUAGACCACAGUGAAACUUUAUCAGAUAAAUCCACAGAUCUGGGAACUUGUCUUGGAAGUAAAACAGACACAGUUGAUUCAAGCAUGAACACAGGAGUGGGCCAUCUCAUUAAUGAUGAAAAACACUUUCAUGGUGCUUCAUCUGAGUCAGAAGCAGAUAACAUAAAAGAGACAGUGCUGUUUGAAGGAACACCAAAAUUUGUCAGUAAGCUAGACUUGGACAGAUGGGAUACUAAUUCUCAAGAUUCCAACACUGAUCUAUUGUGUUAUGAGGUGUUUGAUUAUUCUCAAACACUGUUAAGUAAGGAAAAGUCAUCUAAUGUCACAAAUAUUCAGAAAAUUUGCCAGCCUCAUGCAAUUGAUAACUCUCAGCAUUGUCAGCAGGAUCAACUUGUGUCACUUGGGAAUGAAGAAGGUAACAGUAUACUCACAAUGCAGGGCACAGAUAGGUUUGAUCCCUGCCUGUCUAGUCCAGAAAUCAGUAAUAGAGUUAUGACUACACAGGGGUCUGACAUACCUCAAUCUCAAGGCUUUGUUCCUUUAUCUGACAUGUCAGCUGUGAUUGAUAAACAGGUUUUUAUUGAACCAGUACAGGAAUCACAAGGAUUUGUACCCAUACCUGCAUUCACAGAAAAUCGUGUUAUAUCACCCGCUGUUUCAGAAGGCUUCUCACCUGUUAUGAUGGAUGAUGUUGGUAAUACAAAAACAGAUAAGAACUCCAGUAAUCAAAGAAGUAGUAAAGAUAUUUGUGAAGACUGUAACAUCAAUACUGAUUACACUUCCCCCUCUACAGAUGAAGGUGUGGAAACCAAGGCAGAGUACCUCAACUAUUAUUCAUCUAUAGCAGAAUUGUAUGAAGAUGACAUGAGUUAUGUGAAAAAAAAGAAAAAGAUGUUGAGGAACAGCAGGUCAUCUCAAGGCACAUCCAUCAAUAUGGAGAGUUCAGAACCCCCAAAACCUCCAGUAAUAGAGACAAUUUCAGACGAUAAUCUAAAUAUUUCAACAGAAAAAUCUCAAAAGAAUUUGUCCGAAGACUCCUUUCCAACUCAACAAACAAAUGAGAUAUUCAAAACCCAAGUACGAUCCAGGAAAUGUGAGGAUUCUUCCAUGUCUGAUCAAUCUGAUGACCCAAUAAUUUCAUCACAGCUUCAUGAUCUUUGCCAGAAUUAUAACAGUGACAACAGGACAGCUUCUUUUCAAAAUAUUGAGGGAAAAGAUACCGGCACUGUUGGAAAUGAUGGAGAGAAAAAGACAGGUUUUGUUGGAAAUGAUGGAGAGAAAAAGACAGGUUUUGUUGGAAAUGAUGGAGAGAAAAAGACAGGCUUUUUUGGAAAUGAUGGUGAGAAAAAGACAGGCUUUGUUGGAAAUGAUGGAGAGAAAAAGACAUUCUCUGUUGGAAAUGAUGGAGAGAAAAAGACAGGCUUUGUUGAAAUUGAUGGAGAGAAAAAGACAGGCUUUGUUGGAAUUGAUGGUGGGAAAAAGACAGGCUUUGUAGAAAAUGGAAAGGAAGAUGCAGACUCUGUUGGAAGUGGUGAAGUGAAUGAUACAAUUUCUACUGGAAAUAAAGAGUUGUCUAACAUGUUAGAUACAACAACACUGACAUGCGAUAGAGAACAGAAGUCAACUGAAUGCACUGGCUAUGGACAACAAAGUUUAUGCCAACUUGAUGAGACAGACUUCAUCAGUAGAAAUGUUGUGUGUGACAUAAUGUCCAAUGAAGAGGAGGGGCACAUAUAUGAUCAAUGCGAGUCGCUGCAGAGUGGUUUGAAAGACAGUCCUGAGAGGGAUGAAGGACAGACAGAAGGGUUUGAUUCUACUACAGAGAUUACAUACAUUAUACCAGACACUGGCAACUCUCAGGUGAGCUGUUUAAAGAAAGAGUCAUUUCACAAUGAUCAUCGGGUAGAAAAUGCUGAUGAGAGCAUUGCAACAUCCAACAAAUGUUCCAGUCAUUGUUCACUCAACAUGGUUGACCUUGGAAAUGGUCAUUUUGAGAACAAAAGUGAUACAAGUCUGUACUGUAAGAGCUCUUCUGACAGAUCAGAGGAGCUUGAUGUUCCAGGACUAAGUUCAAAGCAACUUCAAGUACUUCAGACUUCCAACAGGAAAGGUAAAUUACCUAGGAACAUUGUGAACAUUUGUGAUAAACAUGCAGUGAUACCCAAAACUUGUUCAACUGAUAUAUCAGCUGGUACUCACCAGUGGUCUGAUGUAGAUGAAGGGGAGUUAUUGGCGGUUACAGUCAGUGAGCAGACCUGUUGUCAGUUGUCACAAGAAUCUCCCACCAACAAGGCUGUAGAGCACAACUAUUCUGGUGAUGAACAGCCAUGGAUGGAAAUGGAAGAUCCCAAAACAGGUGAGAAGUUGUAUGUAAACAGGAUGACAGGCCACACUCGUCCUCGAGAUGGAAGUUGGGAACCACCUACUCCAGAUAUGAAGAAGACUAAUUCAAGAUUAACAGCUUCUGUGGCAAAUUCUGAAGUUGAUGAACUUUCACCACAAUCCCACAAUACAUUGCUGAACAUGAUGUCUGAACAUUUGGGGACCUUGGAUAAGGAGGAGGAGGAGUUACUAUCUGUCAAAUGGGCAGGUACAAGAUGUUAUUCUGAAGGAAUGGAAGACAACCAGAACACAGAUAUGAUCAAUUCAACCUGUGUAGAAGAUCUUCUGGAGAACUGGAACAACCCUGUUUUCACCAGACCAGAACAAGAGAUAGCAGCAGCUGUGGAGACAAGCAGAAGGACACGGGGCUCAGCCAGAGUACAGAGUGUCCUCCACUCUCACAAGUUCACCAAGGAUAUGAUACAGGACAUCAAGGUUAUUGGACAGGUAGACAAAAAGUUCAUCGCCUGUAUGACAAGUUGCAAGAGGAACAACAUAGCUACAGCUCCAAAUCUGAUGUUACUUUUUGACCAGCAUGCUGCUCAUGAGCGUGUACGCCUAGAAAAACUUACCAAAGACGCCUACGAGAGAGACAAUAGAAUUUGUCGCUCCACCGUUACACCUGCCAAACAUUUGACACUGGAAGAGGAGGAAGUGCGAGUGAUGGUGUCAUAUAAAGAGGAAUUCUACAGGAUAGGUGUCGAGUUUAGCACAGACAAGCAAGAAAGGGACUGCAUCUUUGUACAUACAAUCCCAGCAUGCAUCAUGCAGAAGGAGGUCAAUGAGGUUAAACGAAAGAGGGCUUCCAUUGCAUGGAAUGUUGUUCUGAAUAUGUUGAAAGAACAUGUAGAGAUGUUAAUUGGUACCAACGGUGUCCUCGGACGACUACCAACUACACUACAUAAGGUUCUGUGUUCCCAGGCCUGUCAUGGUGCUAUAAAGUUUGGAGAUCAACUUUCAUUAGAAGAAUGUGAGGAGCUCCUUCAUUCGCUGGCCAAGUGUGACCUCCCGUUCCAGUGUGCCCAUGGUCGACCCUCCAUCAUGCCUCUGCUUGAACUUGAUAAACUACAACCAAGUCCUAAAACAACGAAACCAAACCUGUGGAAAAUUUCAAAACAUCUUCAAACAAGCUGACAGCAGGCAGUGUAUACUAUGUGUAGAUAGAUGAGAUGACAUAUAUAUAUUUGAUGUUCUAAUUUUACUCUACAGGCUGGACCUUUGUAUCUUAAAAAGAUAUUUUUGAAAUUCAAAUAGCUGUGAUAACAUUGAUUAAGCUAUCAAAUAAGCUGAGGAGGUCGUAAUAUAUCCUCUGGCUUAAAGUCAGGAAUGUGCUUAAAAUAGGACACUGAAAUAGUAGUUAUUGAUAAUUAUACUAAUCAGCAAUCUAUAUGAGUGGGCUUAUUGCUGGAUAAAUCAGUAAGUUUUAGGUGACAUUGUUUGUCAUUAAUGCAACAAUGCUUGUUACAGUUCUUUAUGACAAUGAAGGUCAGAACUGACGCAUGGUUUGUGAUAGUGAAGGCUUGGAUUGUAACACUGUAUGUGACAUUGAAGGCCUGGAUUGUAACACUGUAUGUGACAGUGUAGGUUUGAUCUGAGACCCUGUAUGUGACAAGGUAGUUCUAGACUGAGACCCUGUAUGUGACAUUGUAUGCCUGGACUGGGACCAUGCAUGUGACAAUGUAGGCCUCGAAUGCAACAUUGCAUGUGUCAGAUCUUAGUGACAGCAUAAGUCUUGAAUAUGACACUGUGUGUGACAGUAUAGUCCUGUACAUAGACCCUACAUGUGGCAUAGUAGGCCAGGACACAGACAUUGUAUGUGACAGUAUAGACAUGGUCUGAGACCCUGUAUGUGAAAGUGUAGGCUUGGACUGCAACCAUUUAUGUAAAAUUGUAGGGCUGGAUUGGGACCCUGCAUGUGGCAAUGUAAGACUUGAUUGUGACAUUAUGUUGCAGUAUAGGCUUGGUCGGAGAUCCUGUAUGGGACAGUGUAGGCCUGGACUGAGGCCCUGUAUGUGACAUUGUAGGCCUGAACUGGGACCCUGCAUGUGACAGUUACAUGUACAAAAUGUAUAUGUGUCGUCAUAGGCGUGAACCUAAUUUACUUGGCAAACAAUAUGAACCUAUUUAGGUCUUAAGGUUAAUUUAUAUGUGUUGUAAUGUUGGUGAAAUACUCAUUAUUAUUGUUGAAUUAUUUAUUUAUUUGAUUUAGUUGGCAGGAUUGCUUGAAUUAUAAAUUAUCAAAAUGAUAACAGGAAAAAAGUUAUGAAUAUUGUUUUUUCAGCGGUACAAUUGUACAGGCCCGUUUUUCUGAAAAUUUUCCUAAAGAUUCAGCUCUCAUAGAUGAUGUCAACAGAGAGGGCUACUGUUUCUGGUCCCUUGUCAGCUUUGUUAUUGAAGAAAGCUUUUUUACUAUUGGUUAUAAACCAAUCUUGUUGUAGAGAAUGAAUUAUUCACGUCUCUAAGUUUGUUAUUGUCCUGUUUUAUUUAGUACUUUGUAAAACUUAUUAAUUCUUGUGU